UCUUGAUCAUGGACGUUGCCCUGCACAAAGACGCCGUGGCCUGGAUCGACUCUGUUUCCAAGGCUCAGCCGCCCGGGGCGAAGAUCCUCUUCUACAAGUCCGACGUGUCCAAAUGGGCCGAGCUCGAGAAAGUGUUCGAAGUAUUUGCUGGCACGAUUGGUGGUGUGCCUUACAUUGUUUGCCCGGGCGCCGGAGUCUACGAGCCUUCGCACAAUAGCUUCUGGAAAGACAACGACACCGACGACCACUACAAAGUGCUCGACAUCAACCUCCUGGCUCCGAUCAAGAUGUCGCGCAUCGCGAUCCGGCGCAUGCUGGCUGCCGACGCUCCAGGCAUCAUUUGCUGUGUGUCCAGCAUUGGCGCGCAAAAGGCCAGCAUCGUCACGCCACUGUACCAGGCGUCCAAGCACGGCAUCAGCAGCUUCGUGCGGUGCAUGGCCGACUUGCACAAGCUGGCAGGAAUCAGGGUCGUCGGCGUCGCUCCCGGGAUCAUCAGGACGCCUUUGUACUCUGACCACCCCGAGGCCGGCAAGUUUGUGGACCAGGAUAAGGACUUUAUGCUUCCACCCGAGGAAGUGGCUCGUGGUAUGGUCGCAGUAUGUUUGGACCCCAAGUACCCGCCCGGCACUAUUCUAGAGGUCGCCGACGUGGACAACUGGAGGGAGGUGAUGUUGCUGAAUGACCCUGGGCCGCAAGGGCGGGCAAUCCUCGCGAGCAAGAAGCAGGAUGCCGUGGCGGACGUGAUGGCUUGGAUUGAGAAGGACAAGCAAUCGAAAACCAAAUCUUGA